AUGGAAACCAAAUUUAGUAAAUCUAAUAUCUCAGUUACUGAUAUAGUAAACGCUGAAAAUUGUUCAUAUUGCAAUAAACCCUUUACUGAAGAAUUAUGGUGUAAAGAAUGUAUUAAUUCUUUAGAAAAAUCAGCAGAAAAUGGCAAUAAAGUAGUAAUGUUUAAUUUAGCCACAAGGUAUUACAAUGGGAAAGGAACAGAAAAGAAUUUAGAAAAAGCCUUUUAUUGGUAUCAAAAA